GCGAUGGCGCAGGAGGAAGGAGGAGGCGGGGCUGUGGCGCUGCUGCCGAUCACGGAGAUCCACUUGGUGGAUGAUGGAUUGAUCUAUGGAUUGCACGAUGGUACUGAAGAGCAAGCAGAUUAUGAAGAAUAUGAGGAUUUCGAGGAAAAUUCCUUGAUUGAAGAAGAGGAAGAAGAAGACUUGGCAUUGGAGGAGGAGCUUUUAGCGGAGCUAGCUGCUUUGGGACUGCCUUCCUCUUUCAUCGUAGGCAAUGAGAAACCAAAAUUCAAGAAGAAGAAGAGGAUCAAGGUAAAGAAAACACUGAAGAUUGCUGAUGAUGCCGAGAAGAACGAGAUAAGCGUAGAAUGUAAGGGAGACACAAGGAGUGUCUGGGUGCCUGCUUGGGAUGACUACUACAGUCGCUACUACUACUAUAACAGCGAGACCUUGGAAACGACUUGGGAUGCUCCGGAAGGAUUUGAGGACUACGCAAACUUUGAUACGUCUCAAGUUCUUGAGGAGGAAAACGAAAAUGCGGCCAGUGCUGGUACGAUGGACAAGGAAAACGAAAAUGCGGUCAGUGCUGAUGCGAUGGACGAGGAUAAUAUGGCCAUCGUAACCAAAACCACAGUCAAGCUUGAGAGCAUUUCAGUAUCAGAGCUCUCAAAGGUGGAAAAUAUCGUUGUGAAGUCACGAAGGAGAACAAAAAUCACCAAAGAGCUGCGAGAAGCUGGAAUCGGCCUCCAAACUGCGAAGUACUGGUGGCAAAGGUACAGCCUCUUCUCAAAGUUCGACGAAGGUAUCAAAAUGGACGAAGAGGGAUGGUUUUCUGUGACACCUGAGGUGAUUGCCAAGCACCAGGCCAUGCGAUGUUCCUCUCCGGUGGUGAUUGAUGCUUUCGCUGGAGUUGGCGGUAACACCAUUCAGUUCGCUUUGAGGAGCGAGCAUGUUAUUGCUAUUGACAAAGAUCCCAUGAAGAUCGCGUAUGCCAGGCACAACGCGGAGAUUUAUGGAGUGUCUCAUCGCAUUGAUUUUGUUGUUGGCGACUUUUUCCAACUAGCACCGAGUCUCAAGGCAGACGUUAUAUUUCUAUCUCCACCUUGGGGUGGUCCAGAGUACUUAAAAGACACAAGCUACGAUAUAUCAAUGCUUCAGCCAAAGGAUGGAUUCACUCUUUUCAACACGGCGCAAAGGGUCGCAUCCAACAUCGCCUUCUAUCUUCCCAGGAAUGUGGAUCUCGAGCAGCUCAAAGAGCUUUCGUGUCUUUUCGAUCCGCCAGUGGAGUUCGAGAUCGAGAAGAAUUUUGUAAAUGACAAGCUGAAAGCGAUAACAGUGUACUAUGGUGAAAUUUGCCAACAUGACCGUUAAUAUGCGAAUCUCUUUAGGGUAUAUUC